CGGAAAGGGUUGUAAACCUGGACGGAUUAGGGUGUUACAAGUACAAUAUGCCUAUGCCUUGCAAAUAAUACUUUUCGGGAGGUUCUCGGUUUGACGGACCCGGUGGAUAUUUGGGACAAGCUGGAGAGCCGGUACAAGUCGAAAUCGUUGACAAGUAGGCUAUACUUGAAGAAACGAUUGUUUGGUCUCCAAAUGGCGGGGGAAGCUAACUUUAAUGGACACUUGGAUGAAUUCAACAAGAUUACAAUAGAGUUGGAAUCCAUUGAUGUGAAGAUUGAAGAGGAGGACAAGGCGUUGCUUUUGUUGGCUUCAUUGCAUUCAUCUUUUGACAACAUCGUGACCACGCUUUUGUUUGGAAAAGAGACCUUAAAAUUUGAUGAAGUAGUUGCUGCGUUGUUGAUGAACGAGACUCGGCGGGGUGGCAACGGGGUAUCAAAUGACGGUCAAGCUUUGGAGGUGGGAAAUCACGGGACGACGACGACGACGACGUGGGAAGGGUAUGUGGACUGGAGAAAUCGCCCUGCCCUCAGGGGCAAACACGGCGGCAUGGCCGCAGCGUCCUUUGUCUUAGUGGUGGAGGUUUUGGAGAACUUGGCGUUCCUGGCGAAUGCGAGCAACCUGGUGAGGUACAUGACGGGUUACAUGCAUUUGCCGGUGUCGAAGUCGGCAAACGCCGUCACGAAUUUCAUGGGGACGGCCUUCUUCCUCGCCCUCCUCGGCGGCUUUUUGUCGGACGCCUUUUUCACCACUUAUCACAUUUACGUUGUCAGCGCCCUCGUCCAGUUCCUGGGUUUGGUAAUACUAACGGUCCAAGCCCGUUCUGACACGCUGAAGCCAGGUCCAUGCACGCCAGGUGGGCCCACCGGCCCAUGCGAGGAAGUCAACGGCCCGCAAGCGGCAAUGCUAUUCGUGGGCCUGUAUCUAGUGGCCCUGGGCGUGGGGGGCAUAAAGGGGUCUCUGCCGCCGCACGGGGCGGAGCAGUUCGACGACGAGACGGCCGAGGGGAGGAAGCGGCGGUCGACUUUCUUCAACUACUUCGUGUUCUGCCUCUCUUGCGGCGCCCUCGCCGCCGUGACGCUGGUGGUUUGGAUCGAGGAUCACAAAGGGUGGCAAUGGGGCUUUGGGAUCGCUCUCGUCACCAUACUUUUGUCGGUUCCUGUCUUUCUUUCUGGCUCCAUGUUUUAUAGGAACAAGGUGCCCCUUGGAAGUCCCAUCACCACCAUUUUUAAGGUUUUUGUUGCCGCAAUACUAAACUCACCAGUUCCAAAAACCCCAAGAAGCAACGCCGUCGUGAGCAUGGCCACAAGCCCAUCUCCUCUCAUUCCCACCACCAAGGAAGACGGAGGCGGCGGCGGCUCAACCACGGGCGCGCAACCGUCGGACAGCCUAAAAUUCCUAAACAGGGCCGUCUCCGGCAAGUCGCCUCCGCUGCUCAAUUGCACCGUCGAGCAAGUGGAAGACGUCAAGACGGUGGUGAAAAUCCUCCCCAUCUUCGGCUGCACCAUCAUGCUCAACUGCUGCCUCGCUCAGCUCUCCACAUUCUCCGUCCAACAGGCGGCGACGAUGGACACCCACCUCGGGUCCCUCAAAGUCCCCCCCGCCUCCCUCCCGGUUUUCCCCGUCCUCUUCAUGAUGGUCCUCGCGCCGACCUACGACCACCUCAUCGUCCCCUUCGCCCGCCGCCUGACCCGCACGGAGAUGGGCAUUUCGCACCUCCAGCGGGUCGGGGUCGGUUUGGUUCUUUCCAUUAUAGCAAUGGGCGUCGCCGCGUUAGUGGAGGUCAAGCGAAGGAACGUCGCAAUCCGGUCCGGUUUACUCGACUCGACCGGACCGUUGCCCGUGACGUUCUUCUGGAUCGCGUUCCAAUACCUCUUCCUCGGGUCGGCAGACCUCUUCACGCUGGCGGGCCUGAUGGAGUUUUUCUUCUCCCAAGCGCCUGCCAGCAUGAGAUCGCUAGCCACGUCGCUCUCGUGGGCGUCGCUGGCGAUGGGGUACUAUCUCAGCACCGUGAUCGUGUCGGUGGUGAAUAGCGUGACGGGGAAGUCCGGCCACCGGCCGUGGCUCUCCGGGGAAAAUUUGAACCAUUAUCGGUUGGAAAGAUUCUAUUGGCUCAUGUUCGGACUUAGUAUAGUAAACUUCGUGCACUACUUGUUUUGGGCUAGGCGGUACAAAUAUAUAUCUCGAAAGUAAAUAGUAUAAGAUGUGUGUAUGUAUGUAUAUAUAGAUUUUCUUCCUCCCAAAAAAAAGAACUUCACAUUUGAAAGAGUAGAGUUUUGUACGUUAUAUAUAUUCUUCUUUUGAAGAAAAAAGUAGAAUUGUAAUCUUUUUUUUUUUGAAUUUCAAAUAAUGCAAAUGUGAAGUUGUAUAUUGGAGGAAUGUGGUAUGAUGUUUAAUGAAUGAGGAGUGGAUUA